AGUAGCCACUGUGCUAUUGUCAAACUGAUGUCAAAUUUUGAGUCAUCUAAGAAUUCUCAGGCACUCACUGAUUCAGUCAGAAUUUAACAACCUGAUGUCAUGUUUAUUAUUUAAUAACUACAAAAAACUGCAACAAUGUGAAUUAUGAUAAGAUAAAUUUGAAGUUAUUCUAAAAUUUUGUUAAAGAAUGAAACAUGCCUCAUCACGCAACAUUGAAAUCUAUGUGUAUGGACACAGUCAUAUUUUUUGGCCUCUUCGCAAUAGUCGGACAUAUGAGCAUUAAUUUAUGGGAAAGGUUAAUGAUUCAAACGGAAUUAACUAAUAUGAAAACUAGUCUUCACACUUUAAAAAAUACUGUAAACAAUAUAGGGUAUGCAUACGACAAGCUACAUAAAGAAGUAAAGGGACUAACAGUAACAGCUGAUUUUAAGAAAUCUGGAGUAUCGUUGAAGAAGGAGCUAUAUGAAAAAAGUAAUAACAAACCGACUUGCAAUAAUCGUAAUAAAGUCUUUAAUAAUCUUCAAUUACAAACAAAAGAGCAUCCUAAGAACGAUAAAAAAACUGAAGCAUCAUUAGUAUCCAGUAAAUCUGUACAGAACAUUUUGUAUAAUACAAAGAGCUUUCCCAGUAGAAAUGUUUCCACGGUGACAAGAUAUCCUCCGAAAUCUACAGGUGUUGGUUUGGAUACAACGAAAUUCAUUAAAUUAGAAGAAUGUAUCGAUUCCAAGGAGAAUAAUGAAAUACAUAAAUGUCACGGUAAUUAUGAAUGUUAUGACAAUAACUGUAAUAACUGGAAAUUUUGA